GUAGGCACAGCGUCAAUUUGUGGCUGACAGUGCAUACACCGUUGUGUAUAUCUCGCCGCGCCGUUGUCGAUGUGCGUGUGAAGCUGACAGCCUCGUUUUCAACGCGGAAGUGCGCAGAUCGAUGCUAAACGCCUCUAUAGGAGUUCCUCUGAAAAUGUUUCGACGUCGCUCACUUCGCUGCAUGGCCCCAGUUCUAUUCUUCACCAUCUUGGUAUUGUACAUCCUCACCAUCACGUUUAGCCAGACACUUUACCCUUUGGGUAGGCGCACCAAGUCCUCGGUAAUGGACGUGUUUCAGUUUCUCCCCUGGCGGAGAACAUCGCCCGAAGCGCCUCCCGUGAACAUCAAAAAUGGCAGUCACACGAGCCAGCCCAGCGCGGAGAAAAGUCUCUCGAGAAGGAAGCCCAGUCUGGGAUCUUUAAAGUUGGCAUCUUCUGCCAAUUCUAUGGAGAUAUCCAAAGUCAAAGUUCUUUGCUGGAUUUUGACAUCACCUUCCACUUUGCACAGCAAGGCCGCGCACAUUAAAGAGACUUGGGGCCCGCGCUGUGACGUCACACUCUACAUGAGCUCCCAGGCGGACCCGUCGUUCCCCGCUGUAGCCCUAAACGUGGCAGAGGGCCGCAACAGCCUGUGGAACAAGACCCGGGCCGCCUUGAAAUACGUCUACGAGCACCACUCCCAGGAGGCCGAGUGGUUCAUGAAGGCCGACGACGACACCUACGUCAUCGUAGAGAACCUGCGCUACUUCCUGCGGGAUAAAAACAGCAGCGCGCCGCUGUAUUACGGGCACAACUUCAAGAUGUUCACCAAGCAGGGGUACAUGAGCGGCGGAGCAGGCUACGUACUGAGCAGGGAGGCCCUUGGACGGUUCGCAAAGGGGGAUAACUACCGGUGUAAGACGGACUACACGGCUGAAGACGUAGGGGUCGGGAAAUGCUUGGAGGCGGUGGGAGUGGUAGCUGGCGAUUCCAGGGAUUCGCUCAACCGAUCUCGCUUCCUUCCUAUGUCCAUUGCAGACUUCGUCAACAAUCACUUACCAAACUGGUACCAUCAUUACAAAAAGUACCGCACAUCCGAGGGAUUGAGCUGUUGCUCCGACUAUCUUAUCUCCUGUCAUUACGUGACGCCCCAAACCAUGCACUUCUUGGACUUUGUCAUCUACCAUCUACGCUCGGCUAACGACAGUCAACAGCGUAGAUACAAACUGAGAAGCAACCAGACGAUUCUCGUGUAAUAAAUUCCACAAUUAUAAAAAAAACAAACGAAACUUUAUGAAUAUAGAUUGAAAGUUAAGUAAGCCAAUUAUUUUUUUCAUAAUUUGUACAUCUUUAUAAAAGAAACCGUUCAUUGCUUUGGGCACGACUGUGCUUGCAAAUAAGAGCAAAUCUGUCGGUUUCCCGUAGAAUUUUGUUUUUCAUUACAGUGACCGUGCAUUUUAUUGGAAGGCUUCAACUUUCAUGCAUAGCUGCCCGGUGAUCUGCCUAAACGCACGGGAUGUAUAUUUGACAGUGCUGUAAAAUUGUUUUGUUUCCAGAUCUUAAGAUGUGUAUAAAUGGCGAUGCCGCUGUUGAGUCAAAUGACAAAUUAACCUCACUCUCCUCUGGUGAAUGAUUCUAAAUUGCGGAAGGAGAACCUUUUUGUCAAAAUAAAAAGAAACCAAAAAUGUGAA